AUUAAAAAAAUGUCAUCUUGUAUAAGUACAGGUAUAUCCGCUCUAUAUAUUCUAGACCAUAAAGGGCGUGUAUUAAUAAACCGAUGUUACAAAGGAGACAUGCCAAUAAAUAUUCAUGAAAUAUUCAAUAAAAAGAUCUUAGAAUACGAUGAAUAUACAAUAAAGCCAAUAUUGCGUGACAAAUACGGGCACUCAUAUUUUUACAUAUAACACAAUAAUUUAAUAUUCUUGGCCAUAUCUCGUAAAAACGCCAACUGUAUGAUGGUUUUUACAUUCUUAUACUAAUUAGUCUAAGUCUUUGUUGAUUACUUUAAAGAAUUAGAAGAAGAAUCUAUUAGGGACAACUUUGUAAUUAUAUAUGAAUUAUUAGAUGAGAUGAUGGACAAUGGAUAUCCUUAAACUACAGAAAACAGAAUUCUUAAAGAAUUCAUCAAAACCGAAUAUCACGAACUCAAAAAGGAAAAGAACAAAUAAUAAGCUCCUGUUGAUUAGAUGCAAGUCAGCUAAAUUACAGGAACAGUUACAUGGCGUCCUGAAGGUAUCAAGUAUAAGAAAAACGAAAUCUUCCUCGAUGUAGUCGAAAAACUCAAUUUCUUAGUUAGUAAAUAAGGAAGCGUUAUUAAAUCAGAAAUCAUUGGUGUUUUAAAAGUUAGAUGUGCCCUUUCAGGCAUGCCUGAAUUAAGAUUAGGUAUAAAUGAUAAAGCUUAUUACGAUGCUUAAGGUAGAACCCCAACAACAAAGGCUAUAGAUUUUGAUGACAUGAAAUUCCAUGCCUGUGUUCGUUUAUCUAAAUUUGAAAACGAGAAAAUAAUAUCUUUUAUUCCUCCUGAUGGUGCCUUUGAACUAGCUUCAUAUAGACUUGACUUAAAAGUUAAAUCCUUAUUUACAGUUGAUGUAGUUAUUGAAAGGAAAUCUUCUAACAAAAUAAAUUUUAAUGUAACCGCUAAAAGUAAUUUCAAGGCCAAAUCGACAGCAAAUAACGUAGAAAUUUACAUUCCAGUACCCGACGAUGCCUAAUCUCCUCAUUUUAAAUCCGCUUACGGAAGUAUUAGUUAUGUUCCUGAUAAAGAAGCUAUGUGCUGGUCUUUCAAAACCUUCCCUGGAUAAAAAGAAUACACCAUGACUGCUCAUUUCUAAUUACCUUCUGUGGUUUCUCCCAACAGGGAAAAGUUCAACAAGAUGCCAAUCAAUGUGAUUUUUGAAAUCCCUUAUUAUACUGUUAGUGGAUUCUAAGUUAGAUAUUUGAAAAUUUAAGACAAAAGCGGAUAUCAUGCAUCUCCUUGGGUUAGAUAUAUUACUCAAAAUGGUGAAUAUUAGAUUAGAAUGAGUUGA